AUGAGCGAUUAUAAUCAAAAUGAAUUGGCUAUUCAACGUUUUGUUGAAUAUAUACAAAUAAAAACAGUACAACCUGAACCAGAUUAUGAUAGUGCUUUUAAAUUUUUGAAAAAAUAUGCACAAGAACUUGGUUUAGAAUAUCGUUUAAUUAAAAUUGAUGAAGGUCGACAAGCAGCUGUGUUAACUUGGUUAUCAUCAUCAACAAAUAAAUCAAUUUUACUUAAUUCGCAUAUUGAUGUUGUACCAGUUUUUGAAGAAUGUUGGAUAGUUCCACCAUUUUCAGGUGAAAUUCGAGAUGGAAAAAUAUAUGGACGCGGUACACAAGAUAUGAAAUGUGUUGGAAUUCAAUAUUUGGAAGCGAUUCGACGUCUUAAAACAGCUAAAUAUGAACCAAAACGAACAAUUCAUUGUUUAUUUGUUCCUGAUGAAGAAAUCGGUGGCGAAAGAGGAAUGAAAAUGUUAACAACAUUUGAUGAAUUUAAAAAUUUAAAUAUUGGUUUUGUUCUUGAUGAAGGUCUUGCAAGUGAAACAGAUGUCUUUCAAGUUUAUUAUGGCGAUCGUAGUUGUAUUUGGAUUGAAGUAACCGUUAAAGGUAAUACUGGUCAUGGAUCACGUCUUAUUGAAAAUACAGCUGCAGAAAAAGUUCAAUUCAUUGUUAAUGAAAUGUUAAAAUAUCGUGCUGAUGAAAAAGAACGUUUAGAAAAAAGCCAAACAACAGAUAAGCCACUUCAAUUAGGUAACAUAACAACGAUUAAUUUAACAAAAAUGAAUGGUGGUGUUCAAAUCAAUGUUGUACCUGAUCAAUAUACAUUAACUUUUGAUUGUCGUAUUGCUCCAAAUAAUUAUGAUUCAUUUAGAAAAUUUUUAAACGAUCUUGUGCAACGAACACCAAAAGAAAAUAAUAAUGAAAUAAGAAUUCAUUAUAUACAAGAUUCAGGUCCACUGUUACUUACUGAUGUUGAGACACCAUCAUGGUGGCUUAAUGCUUUCAAACAAGCAUGUGAAGAAAUGCAAUGUAAAAUGAAUUGGACUAUAUUUCCGGCUGGAACUGAUGCUAGAUAUUUACGUAAUUGUGGUUAUCCAGCAAUUGGUUUUUCACCUAUGAUAAACACUCCUGUUCUUUUACAUGAUCAUAAUGAAUAUCUACAUAAAGAUGUUUUUCUUCGUGGCAUUGAAAUUUAUAUGAAAUUAAUUGAAAAUCUUACAAGUGAACCAAUAACAAAUUAA